GAGGAUGUGAGCUCACUCCCGCCUCCAUGUUCUCGGAGUCGCCUGGCAGCGUCCGCCCAAGGUCGCGGGCCGCUUGGGGAGUCAGCACCGCGCCAGGCCCCUCCGGGCCCCACACGCAUUAGGUGCCUUGUUGAUGGGUAUGGAAUGAAGGCGGGCGGCGGCGGGACCGAGGCAGCGCCCACUUUGUAGCCGCUGCGCCGCCCGUGCCCGCGCACGCCACGCCCUAGCGCGCUUCCGGCCGGGCCACGUGACCGCGCGUGCACGUGUUCCGGCCACUCCGCGUCGCCGCUCCGAGCCUCCUCCUGGUCGUCCCGGCAUUCGUCCACCCGGAGCCGGCUUGGGCCGGGCCCGGGAGGCGGCAGCCGGGGGAGCCGCGGAGACGCAAGCGCCGAGCGUCGCGGUGUAGCAGGCCCGGGCAGGCAAGCGGCGGCCUCCGCCAUGAACCCCAGGGGCCUGUUCCAGGACUUCAACCCUAGUAAGUUUCUCAUCUAUACCUGCCUGCUGCUCUUCUCGGUGCUGCUGCCCCUCCGCCUGGACGGCAUCAUCCAAUGGAGCUACUGGGCCGUCUUUGCCCCUAUAUGGCUGUGGAAGCUUCUAGUCGUCGCAGGCGCCUCCGUGGGCGCGGGCGUUUGGGCCCGCAACCCUCGCUACCGCACCGAGGGAGAGGCCUGUGUGGAGUUCAAAGCCAUGCUGAUCGCUGUGGGCAUCCACCUGCUGCUGCUCAUGUUCGAAGUCCUGGUCUGCGACAGGGUGGAGAGGGGCACCCACUUCUGGCUGCUGGUCUUCAUGCCUCUCUUCUUCGUGUCCCCCGUGUCCGUGGCUGCCUGCGUCUGGGGCUUUCGACACGAUAGGUCGCUGGAGCUGGAGAUCCUGUGCUCGGUCAACAUCCUGCAGUUCAUCUUCAUCGCCCUAAAGCUGGACAGGAUUAUUCACUGGCCGUGGCUGGUGGUGUUUGUGCCCCUGUGGAUCCUCAUGUCGUUCCUUUGCCUGGUCGUCCUCUAUUACAUCGUCUGGUCCCUCCUGUUCCUGCGGUCCCUGGAUGUGGUUGCCGAGCAGCGAAGAACACACGUGACCAUGGCUAUCAGUUGGAUAACGAUUGUCGUGCCUCUGCUCACUUUUGAGGUCCUGCUGGUUCACAGAUUGGAUGGCCACAAUACAUUCUCCUACGUCUCCGUAUUUGUCCCCCUUUGGCUUUCCUUACUAACUUUAAUGGCCACAACAUUUAGGCGAAAGGGGGGCAAUCAUUGGUGGUUUGGCAUUCGCAGAGACUUCUGUCAGUUUCUGCUUGAAAUUUUCCCAUUUUUAAGAGAAUAUGGGAACAUUUCAUAUGAUCUCCAUCACGAAGAUAGUGAAGAUACUGAAGAAACAUCAGUUCCAGAAGCUCCGAAAAUUGCUCCAAUAUUUGGAAAGAAGGCCAGAGUAGUUAUAACCCAGAGCCCUGGGAAAUACGUUCCCCCGCCUCCCAAGUUAAAUAUUGAUAUGCCAGAUUAAACUCCUAGAGAGGACCCAGGCACACACAGACUACACCUUGCCUUUGCCUCUUGUUCAUUCAUCCCAAACCUGGAAAUGGAAACAGGCUUCAAACACUGUUGUCUCACGCCCUGUUUGAGAUCACCGCCUCAUCAGUAUGCAUCAUAGAUGGAGGUGGUUUCAGUAUGUGGGUGUGUGUGGUGUGUACCUGGGUAAGAGACUUGCUUUCCAGGUUCGCACUUUCAGGUGUAGCUGGGAGCAGUAAGCUGAAUUGUUUUAGUAGGUCCUCAAAAGUAAUAACUACACAGCUGUUUGUUUAAAUGCUACUGUACCUAUCAAAAGUAUUGUUUAAGAAGUAUUUUUAUACACUGCUAAUCUAAAAUUGUAUUUCAGAUUGUGCCUGUCAUAACAAUAGCAAAUGUAAAGAGUUCUCUUUCCCACCACUUGUUUAUAAACCUCAUAGUUGAUAUUUUUAGUGUUCCUACUGUUAAAAUACUUUCUCCUUGGGCUUUGCUGAUACUGGUCUUUAAUAUUCUGAUAGGUGAAUUUUUCUAAUGGAAUGAACCCAUGCAUAUAUAGUAUUUAUAUGAAUAUUUUAGCAGUGUAAUAUGUUGAAUUCUAGUUUUCUGCAUUACCGUGUAUUAUGUUAAAGUAAUUUUUUAAAGCUUA